GAAAUGUCAAAUAUCAGGUGUCAACUGUCAGCAAGCUUGAAUUGUUUGGACCGUUUACGUAAAACUGAUAAAUAUUUCAUCGUUUUUGUAGCCAAUAUUACAGAAAAUGUUUUCAACAAGCUCUCAGAGAAAAUUUUGGACAUUUAGCGACGAAAGCGAAUUGGCGCGGCUUCGGGAAAAGCACAACCUAAACUACAUAUCAAAACAUGGUGCGCACAUCGAUGAGUAUCAACGUUACAACUUUUUUCUAUCGCCGGACGAGGAACGAUUGCUUUUAAAACAGUAUGAACUACAUCUGAAAGAGUUCUGCAAACGAUUCAGCCCUCCAAUGCCAAAAGGCGUAGUGGGUACUGCGUUCCAUUACUUUAAACGAUUUUACCUAUACAAUUCUACAAUGGACUACCAUCCUAAAGAAAUAUUGGCUACUUGUGUGUACCUAGCAUGUAAAGUGGAGGAAUUUAACGUGUCUAUUGGCCAGUUCGUCGCUAAUAUCAAAGGAGAUAGAGACAAAGCUUCUGACAUUAUUUUAAACAAUGAGCUAUUAUUAAUGCAACAACUGAACUAUCAUUUGACUAUCCACAACCCCUUCAGACCAGUUGAAGGCUUCCUUAUUGACAUAAAGACGCGCUGCUCAUUGGCUAACCCAGAAAGACUUCGAUCUGGCAUUGACGAGUUUCUUGAAAAGGUAUUUUUGACAGAUGCAUGUUUGCUUUACGCUCCAUCUCAGAUAGCCCUAGCCGCAGUCCUACACGCAGCGAGUAAAGAACAAGAAAACCUGGACAGUUAUGUAACAGAAAUGCUGUUCAGAGAUGCAGGACCAGACAAAUUGGCUAUAUUGAUAGAAGCAGUUCGCAAAAUACGCUCCUUAGUGAAGAUGGUUGAGAGCCCAGCGAGGGAGAGGGUAAGAGUUAUAGAGAAGAAGCUGGACAGGUGCAGAAACCAGGAGAACAAUCCGGACAGCGAGAUUUACAAACGGAGGAUGAGGGAGUUGCUUGAUGAAGAUGAUAUGCCUCAUGUUAGCUCGAACAGGAUGUCCUUGGAUACAAGUGGUGUGACACAGGUGCUGUCACCUUCAGCAUCUUAGAUUUAGAAAUAAUAAAUAAGGUUAUAAUAUGAUUGAUUUAUUUGUAAAAUAGAAAAAUGUUAUAUUCCAGUUUGCUGCCAUAGAGAAAAAAGACAUGUCUUCAUAAAUUUCUAUGAUAUACAUAAUUGUCCAGAGAAAGAAAAUGUUAGAUAUGACAUUUCUUACUGAUAACAAAUAUGUGUUUCAUUUUAUUUUGAAAAAGAUGUAGGAUGUGUAUUUUUUUACUAUGAUGGCGAUGGUGUCAAAAAUUAUGAUAAAAUUUGAAAGACAGGCAUCUAGACUUAAGUAAACAAUAAAUAAGUACAAAACACAA